GGAGCCGCCUAUCCUCCAGGGCCGACUAGCCGCAGGGCUGCAGGGGUCCAGGACGCCGCGACAUAGCUUAGCGACAGCGCUCUCCCCGGCGACGGCGCCGCAACAAGAUGGCGGACGACAGAGACAGGGAAGGCACAGAGAUAGCAGUAGCAGAAUUUCACAAAAAAAUCAAAGAAGCUUUUGAAGUAUUUGACCAUGAGUCAAAUAAUACAGUGGAUGUGAGAGAGAUCGGAACAAUUAUCAGGUCAUUAGGAUGCUGCCCUAGUGAAGGAGAGCUACAUGAUCUGAUUGCAGAGGUGGAGGAAGAAGAACCCACUGGAUACAUUCGAUUUGAAAAAUUUCUUCCAGUGAUGACUGAAGUACUACUGGAAAGAAGAUACAGACCAAUUCCAGAAGAUAUCCUUCAUCGAGCUUUUGAGGUGUUAGAUCCAGCUAAACGUGGGUUUCUUUCUAAGGAAGAAUUGAUCAAGUAUAUGACUGAAGUAGGUGAGCGUUUUUCUCAGGAGGAAAUGGAAGAAAUGUUGUCUGCUGCAAUUGAUCCAGAAUCGAAUUCAAUUCAUUACAAGGACUAUAUAACAAUGAUGGUGAUAGAUGAAAAUUAAACACUCUACAGACUUCAUUUCUAAUUGAAAGAUCAUUUUAAGAAUUGCUUGUCCUUGUUAAUUUCACAUUUUAUAAUUCCUACAUAUUGCUAAUUAAUGCCUUGUGACAACUAUUUCAAGAUAUUUUGUUUUUUAAAGGUGAUCAUAACAGUGUAAAACACAAAUUUAUUUAGUAUGUCUAGCCCUAUAGAAUGACAAACUGCUAAUUAUUUUAAAACUAUUCUUAAAAUAUUUAACAUUAUCCAUGGAUUGUUACUAAUUGUCUACAAUUAAAUCCAGGUUACUUUCAAAUUAAUUAAGCUGACAAAAUGAAGAAUGAUUAGAAUGACCCAAAGUUUUGCAUGUAAAGAUCUUGGGUUGGGGCAGAAUGACCAUAAAUUGAAAAUGAGUAGUAAUGUGAUGACAGCUUCUUUUUAAAACAGCGAACACUUCAGCAAUCAGAAUGUGGAAGGAAAGUCAUUGAAGCCGAUAUUAAUAAUUAAUGUCUUAUGAGUGCCAAUUAUAAAUCUCAUUUGAGAUGAUAGUAACUUAGCAUAAAAAUUUAAAUUUGCUGAUCUUGCAUGUUACCUGCCAUUUAUGGAAUAGCUAAAGGAGUUGAGAUAAUUGAACCUUGAGCAAAGAAGACUGAUUGGAAAUUGGUAAUGUAAGGAAGUGGCGAUUCUCUUGUGGUCUUUAGAAUUCUUAACCUAUUCAGAAUACCUGUCAUGAGAAUAUUGUCCUGAAUACUGAGUAAGAAAAUGGAGAAAUGUUAUGGGGUGCAGGAGGUACAGCUGUUGAAAGAGCGGGAUAAAGUUAUCUGAGCACAAAGAAUCACAAUGGAAAAGCAAAGGGGAAAGUAAGAUAAAGGAAAAUGAAUAAUCUUCCAUAACCUGUAUCAUUCUUUCAUACACACACACACACACACACACACACACACACAGUGAUCUCUAUUUAAAGAUGCUUCACCACUACAUGUGCCUAUGUAUACAUAUAAACAUUUAAUGCUGCUUGUGAUUCUUCCUCCUAGGCAUGCAGGGGGCUGCUACUUAAGAGACUCUAUCAUUGUCCAUUCAUUCAUUCAUGAAACAUUUACUGAGAAUUAUUAGAUAAUGUACUAGGAGCUGGAGUUGCACGGUGAAUCAGUCCCUAACUAGUCGAGAUCACAGUUUAGUGAGGGAGACCUGCAAGUCAAUCAGCAACCACAUUUCAGACAGGGCACAUGCAGGGCCUCUAGUUGCUUUCUGAGUGAAGAGGACGGUGGUAGGUUACAGAGCUUGAGGAGAAUGGUAAAAUUUGGAAAUAUCUCUUGUGGGAAAUGGGAGAAAGAGUUGAGAAAGAGCCCAUGUAAGAAUUUCAAGAAAUCCUGGAGGAUUUUGUUCAGUAACUCGGGCCCACGAGCAAAAAUGAUGGAUUGUUGUAUUGAUUCAGGGUUAAGGUUUGUCAUCUUAGUGAGAUGGAGGCAACCAAAGGUCAAGGGAGUAGAGGAAUUCACAAGAAAGCAGUUGUAACAAUGCUCUCUGGAGUCUGAGUAGUAGAGAUACAUACAGGUAGGAGUGGGCUCUCAGACCGAGAGACGGAGGCAGGGCCUCAUGGCCUCCAAAGGGGCAAACAGCUGUGCAGGGGGAGCGAGAGAUGAUGGGCUUUCCUGCCAUUCCUGAGUAAUUACAUGCUUUGCUUGAAAUUUGACUUCACUGUGUUUUUAGAGUGUUCCUUCAUUCUCCUAUGUUAUUAUUAUAAUUAAUAAUAAUAGCUAACAUCUGGGGACUGCUCACUAUGUGCCGGGCACUGAUCUGAGUGCUUUUUAUAUAUUAGCUGAUUUAAUCCUCCCAGGCACCCAGCGAUAUGGGUCACAGCUAUAAGGGGUUGUAUUCAUCAGUUUGUGCUAGGUUAUGCUGUGAUACCAAACAACUCAAGAGCUCAGGGCUUACUACAGUAAGAGUUCUUUUUUGUUCACGUUUUGUGUCACCUGGCAUCGGCUGGGCCUCUGCUUCAUGUGUCGUCUUCGUGCAGCUCAUCUACUUCCUAAGCAGGGUGACCGUGUGUCUUGGGUUACCCAGGGUGGUCGCAGCCUACGUUUGUUGUCCCAGUGUAGUUGUUAAUAGAUCUCCCUCUUGGAAGUGUCCUGGUUUAAAUGAUUAAUAUGUGGUCAUCCCAUUUGAAAAAUAGUGAAUAAAAAUGAUGCUGAGGAAUCAUCAUUUAUAGAAGGUUUUAUGAAAAGUAACCACAGAAGUGUGGUAAUGGGAGGCAUUUCUUCCUGCACUGGUGUCCCGAGAUUAUGCCGGGGUGAGAGCCAAGUGGAGGCCUGAUGUGCCACUCACUCCGCCGUGCUUGUUUAGAAUCGCCACCCAGAGAUGAACACGAGCCACAUGCCCUUAGGCCAGGGCAGAGAAGUAUGAGGCAGGGGGUGUGGUGACCCCCAGAGCUUUAGCAGACAGGUGGCUUAUGAUAGGCGACACACUGCAGCCGGAAAGGAGGGUGCCAGAGACAUGAACACCCUUGAAGGUGGAAGUAUACCCAGAGGCAUAUCAUUUAGCAGCAGCAGCCUGCACCAACAUGUAGCGUGAAAGCGUGUGCUGGUGCCCAACGCAUAAGCCCAGGCACGGACUUGUUCGGAGCCCACAAGGCAGCUCUGACUUGUCUUCUCUAAGCCCGUUACCCUGCGUGACCCUGGUCAUACCAGAGAAAUGCAGGCUGGUGAAUUAGCCCCAGUCGCUUCAUAAAUGGUGAUAUCAUAUUCUUUUCUCGGGAAGGAUGCCUCAGGAUUGGGUACCCCCAAGUCUCACCUUCUAGAAUUCUUUCAAAAGUUCUGACUGAUGUCAAACUUCACUCCCCGUCUCAAGGAAAUACUAUCUCUUCAGUAGUCAUAAGAGUUAGCUUUAUGGAAUAUGAUUCACUUUAGCACAAAUUUGUUUUUAUAAGGCCAUGAAAAAGUACAACAGGCUUCCCACAGAAAUCUCAUCUUUAUCUCCUAGCUGCAGAAUAAAUGUAGCAUAUUUGCAAAAGGAACACUUUUCUUGGGGGCUUCCCUAGUGGUGCAGUGGUUGAGAGUCCGCCUGCCGAUGCAGGGGACACGGGUUCGUGCCCCGGUCCGGGAAGAUCCCACAUGCCGCAGAGCGGCUGGGCCCGUGAGCCAGGGCCGCUGGGCCUGCACAAAAAGGAACACUUUUCUUUAUACUCUAACAAUUUUGAUCCAUAUUUUACCUCUUUUCACUCAUCUUAGCCCUCAACAUCCAACUUAAAUCACAAUGGCAUUUUCCUGGCAAGAAGAGUGCUUGGUCUCCUGUGUAGAUAGUUUGCUUGUCCUUAUGACUCUGGGCUUCUGCAAAGCCUGCCAUACCAGGCCCUGUGGAAAGACAGGUCCGUUCUCACACGUCUGGGCUGGGGAAGCUGCAUGACUCAGGGUCCGGGGUGCAGGCCUGGCAGUCUGGAGAUCCUUGCACCCUGACCUAGGCUUUGCUUGUGACUCAGUGUGGAUCAGGUGCUUCCCUCCUGUGCAUCUCUGUCUGGAAAAUAAAGAGCCCAACUCUAGUUCUUCUUCCACCUUCCAAAAGCAGGGCAGAUGUAGUCCCCUUUGCAUGUACCAAAUGUCCGAGUGUCCAACGGUAAGAGAUUAAGAAGAAUGUCUGAGACGACAGGCUGGUUGGGAUUUUCACUGGCAGGAUUAUUUUCUGUGGAAUGAGGUGCAUUUAGAGCUUUCUCUCCUUCCUUCCUGCUUUCCUUUCUUUCCCUUUUCUAACUGCUUCCAGUUAAGAAAGUACCUUGUUUAUAUAGCCAGUUCCCUAUAGAAGAUCCAUGUCUCUGCAUUGCCCCUUCUGGGCAGGUUAAGUAAGCAGAGAUCCUCAUGGUAACAUGUGCCCUGCCUGUGCCAGGCGUGGCUGUCUCCGAGGCCUGCACCUAGUGAAAGUGUAGGUUACUUAUCACCUGCUUAGAUGCACCUGGGAGGGGGUGCUUGUUAGAAAUUCAGACUCCUGGGUCCCAUUCCAGACCCCUAGAACAGACUCUCUGGAGGUGGGACCCAGGAACCCACAUUUUCACAGAUAUUCCCAGGGGAGCCUUACGCAUGCUACAGUGUAAGAACCACUGUCUGGGGCAGUGUUAUAUUGUGAAAGUGUGGGAUUUGGAACUGGGCUCUGCCACCUGGUGCGUAGGUGAUUGGUGCACAUGUUUAAUAUUGCUGGGUCUCUGCAUCUUAUUCGUAAAGUGGAAAGAACACCUACCUUACAGGGCUGGUGUGUAAAUGAGAUAAUGAAAGUGAAAAUUCUUUAAAGAUUAAAGUGUGACAAAUGAUUAUUUACAGGAAAAACAGCAAGGGAGGGAGAGAGGAAGGGAAGGCGCAAAAGGAGAAAGAGAGGGCAUGGGAAGGAAGGGAGAGACAGACAGGUAGGCCAACCUGCUGCCUGGGUAUAGAGAGUCAGGAGUGUGGGACUGUAGGUAGAUAAUAAUAUGAUCUGUGGGGUGAAGGUGAUGAGACACCUGAGGUACUGGUGGAGAUACCAGGAGAUUCGCUGUCGUGGUGUUAUUAGUUAUAAGCGGUCACGUUUCUUUCUAGAAUGUGCAAUUAGGAGAUUUUAGGAGAUGGUUUGUCGUUUUUUUUUUAAUUGUAAUAAAAACCAGCUGGCGUAAAAUUUACCAUCUCAGCCAUACUUAAGUGCACAGUUCAGUAGCGUUAAUAAGUAUAUUCACAUUGUUGUAAAAUAGAUCUCCAGAACUUUCUCAUCUUACCAAUCUGAAAUACCAUACCCAUCAACCAGCUCCCCUUUCUCCCUGCCCCCAGCUCCUGGCAACACCAUUCUACUUUGUUUCUAUGAGUUGGACUACUCUGGGUAUCUCAUAUAAGUGGAAUCAUGCAGUAUUUGUCCUUCUGUGACUGGCCUAUUUCACUUAGCUUAAUGUCCUCAGGGUUCAACCAUGAUGUAGCAUGUGACAGAGUUUCCUUCCUUUUUUUUUUUUUUUUUUUUUUGCGGUACGCGGGCCUCUCACUGUUGUGGCCUCUCCCGUUGCGGAGCACUGGCUCCGGACGCGCAGGCUCAGCGGCCAUGGCUCACGGGCCCAGCUGCUCCGCGGCAUGUGGGAUCUUCCCGGACCGGGGCACGAACCCGUGUGCCCUGCAUCGGCAGGUGGACUCUCAACUACUGCGCCACCAGCGAAGCCCCUCCUUCCUUUUAAAAGCUGAAUAAUAUUCCCUUAUUACCACAUUUUGUUUAUGCAUUCAUCCAUUGGUGGACACUUGAGUUGCUUUCACCUCUUGCCUAUUGUGAAUAAUACUGCUGUGAAUAUGAGUGUGCAGGUAUCUUUUUGAGACCCUACUUUCAAUUCUUUUGGAUAUAUAUCGGUAAGUGAGAUUGCUGGAUCUUUCUUCUUUAAAAACCAAAAAAAAUUACUAUCAGUCAUAGUGCUUUUAGAGCAACAUGAAUUAUUAAUCUCACCCCCUGGAGAAAAUGCUCUUAUUCAUUUGAGGAAAGGUGUUUCAUUUUUCUGAAAAAAAUAUUCACAAAGUUGAAAACUUGGGGCCAACUCUAGUUCUUUGGAGAAAGAGAUGAGAUAAAGCGGCACAUUCUGAAAUUCAGGACAUAGUUUUAUGAGUGACUGAACAAAGUGCCAAGUAUCUCUUGGUACUUCCCUAGUAAGUCUUCAGCUACUCAGUAAGACUUCCUGAAAGAGGCUUCUAACCAUUUAUCGCUGAUUAUGGAAUUUAUUGAAGUAUGGAUUGAGUAUCACCUGACUUUAAGUAUAGCUUUAAAAAUGUCGAGGUUUAUUUUUGUGUUCUGAACGCUUAGUUUCUAAAUGUCUUGCUAAUUAUGAUGGCUCCGUUCUGGACCUGUUUACCUGCUCAAGGCAUGAUAUUUAUUUACUUAGGCAGAGUUCAGUGAUAGUGAUAGUAAAGGUAAAUCUAUUUUACAACCAUUCUUCUUGACAAUUUACAAUAUUUCUUAGUUACUUCUCAUCAAAUCGGAUGAGACUGUCAUAGUUUUUACCUUGGAGGAGAAUUGUAGCUCUGCCAUUUUCCUGAAGUUCACUUCUGUUUAGAGUAUUAGUAUUAUUUUCAAUUCAAGGUUACUUUGUAGGAAACUAUUUUAGCCUCUUAUCAGUUUAUUAGGGCUAGUUUUUUUGUUGUUGUUGUUGUUGUUGUUUUUGCUGUACACAGGCCUCUCACUGUUGUGGCCUCUCCCGUUGCAGGCUCCGGACGCACAGGCUCAGCGGCCAUGGCUCACGGGCCUAGCCGCUCCGCGGCAUGUGGGAUCUUCCCGGACCGGGGCAUGAACCCGUGUCCCCUGCAUCGGCAGGCGGACUCUCAACCACUGCGCCACCAGGGAAGCCCCUAUUAGGGCUAGUUUUGUUAAAACUAGAUAACACCUGUGAAUCCUCCGUUUACCUGACACCCAUAACAUUAGUAAGACCACUGCACUAAGCAAGGUGAAAGUGUGUGUGGGAGUGAAGGCACCCACAUGCUGCCCUUGGGACACCUGCCUGCCUUCCUGAUAAGUGAUUGCCUCACACACAGAUCCAGUGAUGAUGUUAAUGUCCAUCCGUAUUACAUGUUGGUGAGCUCUCAUUCUAAUUUUGAAGAUAGUGUAUAAAUUAAAACAGAAAUUCUAAUUUUCUUGCUGCACCCUAAUCAGUUAUCUCCCUUUCAAUGUAAAAUGUAAAAUCCUCUAAAAAUUAUUAUGGUACUUUUAAAGCAAAUUGGAAAAUACCAGUAAGCAAAAAGAAGAGAAAACCCAAGAAUAUGUAUUGCUAUAUAACUUCUUCGGAGUAUCACUGUGGAAGCCAUCAGUUGGAGUUCUUUGACUCUAAGGACAGAAACAAGCCUGCUUAACUGAAGCAAAAGGGGAUUCACAGGCUGGUACCUUGGCUGAGGAAGGGGUGUUCACAGAGCCCACAGGAGCCAGGGGAGCCAGGCUCAGGGCAGACAGGAGCCAAGCAAGAUUCCGGAGGCAAAGAAGCAGGGAGCAAUGCAUAGCAACCAUCUCAUGACUGGCACAGCCUGUCCGGGGCCGCUGCUACAGGGGUGACCCUGCACUGACUCAGGUCAGGGUCCUGGGAGAGACAGCCCAGGGGUCAUCCUAAGAAUCACUCAACAAACAGCUACACUCAGUGAGGGGGAGAAAACACUCCAGUAAGAAGUCAGGUUGCUAUCGGAGAAAUAAAUAAACACCAUGAAUAUCUGUUAUAGGUUCAUAUUACACAUGCUGUUAUGUAAUCUACACUUUAAUACCUCAUGAACAAUCUUUCUCUGUUCAUGUAUAUUGACCUAAAAUAUAAAUCUUAAUCACUGAAUAGUAUCUAAUUGUUGGGAUGUACCUUAAUUUAUUUAACUAAUUCCUUAUUCCUGGUUAUUUAAAUAAUUUUCAAAUUUUCUCUGUUAUAAUAAAUUGUUACGUACAUCACGGUAGUUAAAUCUUAAUUUAAUUAUUUGCUUAGAACAUAUUCUUAGAAAUGGAACUGUCGGGUCAACUUUAAAGAGCUGGGAACCUUUUUAAAAGCGUAUUGUUAAUGUGUUUUCAGGCUAUCCCAGAGGAAGAUUGUUCUCAUAUCCCGAAUCCUCAUCAGCAUUUUUUUUUGUUUUUAAUUUUGCCAAUUUGAUAGGCAAAAAAUAAUCUCAUUGAUUUUUUGAAAUUUGCAUUCUGUUGAUGACUUGAGCUUUCUAAAGUCUCACGACCAUGUAUACUAAAGAAUUGAAUUGGAUUAGCUCAAGGAGGCACCAAAUUUGAACCUCACAGAUUGUUUUGUGUCAGAAAGAAGAACCCCUUGGUCGUUGUGAAGUGGAUCCCACAAAGCACAGCACUACAGGCAGAAUCUGAAUUCAAGAGGUACACUUUCAUUCUGAACGAUUUUCACUUGGAGGAGGUGAUUAGUCAGAAAGAGCCACUGUUGCACAGAACAGUUAGCAGGAGAUGUCACAGAUAUUCAAGCAAAGAAAUAGGACCUGGGGAAAUAAACAUGCAAAUGAGAAGUGAGGAAUGAUCACCAAAGCAAGAACACGAGGCCCCGACUGGCCAUCUGCUCCACUACCCGCUUCUUGGGAUGGGAAUGUGUUUCCCAGUGUAGUUCAUUUGCUCAUUCAGUCAACAUUUAUUGAAUUCCCACUACAUGCCAGACACUGUUCUGGGCACCAGAGGUGCCGAGGUGAAUAGGAGACACAGUCCUCGUCCUUGAGAGAUUUCAGUCUUAUGGGAGAGACAGCGAGACAAGUAAUUAUAGCAAGGAAUAGUUGUUCAGCAAUGCAGGCGAAGUGCUUUGGCAUCAGUGCAGAGCAGCCAGCUCUGCUGGUGGCACUCGCAGAGUACUUCAUAGAGGAAGUGAUAAGAUGAACCACAAAUGGCUUUUGUGCUCGUAUUGGCAGUAUUGCUGCCAGUCCAGGGUGGGAGAGAAUGUUCCGGAAUGGGAUGGCUUGAGGCUCCUGCUGAAAUAGAAUUAUAGCAUGGCUUAGGGUGCAAAAUGGGCCUGCUUUUGGAUCACAGCUGCGCCAGGUACAGGAUAUGUGACCUGGGAAAAGUCAUUGAUGUGUCUGUACCUCUGCUGCCCAGCUAUGAAAUGCCAGUAACCAUAUCUACCUUAUAGGGUUAUUCUGAGCAUUAAGGGCUACCUGCACAGGAGUUGAUAACGGUAUCUACAGCACUCAGUAAAUAUCUGUUGAAUGAUGAAUAUAAAUAUUUUCUCUAUAUUCUAAAUCUUUAAAAAUUAUAUAAUGAGAUUGGGUCUAGAUACUUGCAGGAUUUCUGGGAAUAAGAAAAGCUGUUUUCCUAAUCCAGUGACCUCAGGGAUUUCAUGGAAAGGAUUUGCAUGGAUUUCAUGGAUUUCAUGUCAUUUUAACUUCAUUCAUCUCAUAAACAUUUAUUUAGUGAUAUUCCAUGCUAGGAACUGCUCUAGUAAACAAAACGAAGUCCCUGCCCUUAUGGAACUUAAAUUCUCUUUGGGGAGAUCAACAAUAAAUCAAUAGAUAUAUCUGUCAUGUGGGGAUAAGCAGUAGUGGAGAAAAACAAAGCAAGAUAAGGGGUAAGAGAGUGAUGGGGUAUUGUUCUGGCUAGAGUGCUGUGGACGUGCUGUCCAAAGAGGUGACGUGUGAACAGAGACCUGGAAGACAGGAGGCAGUACUGGGGAUGAGCAUUCCCUGCAGAGAGGAUAUCAAGUGCCAAGCGUUUGGCAGCCUGAAGGGACAGCAAGGAGGCCCCCGAGGCUGCGGUAGCCUGAGUGAAAGGACGAGUAGGAGCUGGGGAUGGAGAGGUAGGCGGGGCCCAGGCCCUGUGUGGGCAGGGAAAAGGCCUGGAUAUUUGCUAAACGUGAAGAGAAGCCAUUGAGUACUAUGGAAUGAGCUAGUGGGCUGUCACGUGGGAGACUGUGUCUCAGACCAGGGUGAUAAUGGUAGAUGUGGUGAGAAGUGGUUGGAUUUGGGAUCCAUUUGAAAAGCAGAAUCAAAAGAAUUUCCUGACAGAUUAGAUGUGAGUGGAGAAAGAAGUGUCGAGGAAGACUACAAGGUUUUGGCCCGAGUGACUGGGUGCCAUUAGUUAAAGUUUAGGGGGAAGAUGAAGAGUGUGGCGGGGGUCAUGUUAACAUUGAGAGGCCAAUUAAACAUCCAGGUUGACUGUCCAAGCCUGGAGCCCAGGGGAGAGGCUAGGCUUGGAGCAGUCAGUAGAUAGAUGAUGUUUAAAGCCAUGGGUUGGAUGGGAUCGCCUAAGGAGGGAGCGUGGAUAGGGAAGAGGAGGGCUCUGAGGACUGAACUUGGGGGUAGUCCACAUUUAGAGACAGGGAGGAGAAGCAAGAUCGGCAAAAGAGACACAGGCGGGGCUUCCCUGGUGGCGCAGUGGUUGAGAGUCCGCCUGCCGAUGCAGGGGACACGGGUUCGUGCCCCGGUCCGGGAGGAUCCCACAUGCUGCGGAGCGGCUGGGCCCGUGAGCCAUGGCCGCUGAGCCUGCGCGUCCGGAGCCUGUGCUCCGCAACGGGAGAGGCCACAGCAGUGAGAGGGCCGCGUACCGCAAAAAAAAAAAAAAGACACAGAUCCUACUGUGUCCCUACCCACCAGUGCCACUGAGGGACUCUGUUUAGACUCUCACCCAGUUCUUUCUAUUCAGUGGUCCUUCAGAUUCCCUGAGACAAACUGGACUUACCUGGAUUAGAAAAUACUACAAGUAUUUUAUGUCCAACUCAAUGACAGCUCCAGUGUUUUUACUUGCUUGUGAAAUCUGUUAAAUCUCCUUUUAUCUCAUUUUAAGUGAGCUAUCCUGAUCCCCGUGAUUGCCUGAAUUUCUUUUAAACUCUCUUGAUCUUCGGUUCCAGUCACCAUUCUUAUCCUAGUGGAAGUGGGUUGAGGCAGGGCCUGAUUGGCAUUGUUUUGGGGCUGCAUUAGAAAUUAAAGGGGCUAGAUCUCAAUGAGCCAGUGUGGUACCAAAAGUAAGCCAUUAACAAAAAUUUUGUGUCUAAAGGUAAGUGGGAAGAGAUUGGGGGUUCUUCAUUUUAUAAUAAUUCAGGAAGGAAGGAACGGAUAAUAUGUGACUCUCAGGUGUGACAGGCAACCAUCACACUCUUGUGCCUGAAACAGGACUUCGUUUUUCUAAAUCAGAUCUGGCCCCAAGCCCCUACUGGCCAGUCAUGUUAGGAAGAGCCCUCAGUUGACCUCGUGUCACACAAGAAUCUGGGCACUUACAUGGUACCUCUAAAAUCUAACAAUUUUUGUCAAGAACAUGACAAUCAUUGAACGUCAAAACUGACUUCAAUCAUUGUCAUCACCACUUAUCACCACCUGACAAGUCCUGUCACUUUCUCAAGGAAACUAGAAUGACCCUUGUGAAAAACUGAUGGGCACCUGAGCACAUUCUUUAAAAACAGGGCUUGAGACUUCCCUGGCGGUCUAGUGGUUAAGACUCCAAGUUUCCACUGCAAUGGGCACAGGUUCGGUCCCUGAUCAGGGAACUAAGAUCCAGCAUGCCUCAUGGCACAGCCAAUAGAAGGAAAAAAAAAAUAGGGCUUUUUCGACAGACUUUUAAAGGGAAUAUUUAUUAUUUAUUUUUAUUGAAGUAUAGUUGAUUCACAAUGUUGUGUUAUCUUCUUCUCUACAGCAAAGUGAUUCAAUUACAUAUAUAUAUACACACACACACAUUCUUUUUUUAUAUUCUUUUCCAUCACGGGUUAUCACAGGAUAUUGAAUAAAGUUCCCUGUGCUAUACAGUAGGACCUUGUUGUUUAUCCACUCUAUAUAUAAUAGCUUACAUCUGCUAAUCCCAGCCUCCCACUCGAUCCCUCCCCUAUCUCUCCUUCCCCUUGGCAACCACAAGUCUGUUCUCUAUGUCUGUGAGUCUGUUUCUGUUUCGUAGAUAGGUUCACUUGUGCCGUACUUUAGAUUCCACGUGUAAGUGAUAUCAUGUGGUGUUUGUCUUUCUCUGACUUAUUUCACUUAGUGUGAUAAUCUCUAGUUGCAUCCGUGUUGCUGCACAUGGCAUUAUCUCAUUCUUUUUUAUGGCUGAGCCCUAUCCCACUGUAUGUAUGUAACCACAUCUUCUUUAUCCAUCAUGGGAAUAUGUUGACGUGAGGGUUGCUAAGACUAUAGUGAAACUGUAGCAGAGAAGGCUGUGUGAAAGCCAAACCAUUGAGAAUGGGAAAUUCAUUCCCCUCCCAACUGCCCACCAGCCAACCGCAGAGCCCCGGCAGCACAUUACCUCCUGACGUUAGAACCUGACGGGGGUCAUAGGUCUACCUCUCCUGGCUUCCCGCUUCCCAGGCCCGGAGACCACCUGCAUUCUCCAGACAGGUCAGCUGUUUGUUUGUUUGUGUAAAGGCUUUGAUUCUGCCACGUUUGCAAAGGAAGCCCAGUUCUCUGGGACUCAAAGCACAGUUUGCCCCCUUGAGGGAGUGGGCGGCGUGGAGGAGAGGACGAAUUCUUUUUCUUUUUUUCUUUUUUAACAGCAGUAAUAACAACAACAACAAAAUAAUAACUCUGUAAAUUGUCCUGCUAGGCAGAGAGGAUCCUCCCACUUUCAAAAAGACUCUGAUACGCAUGUUUUUGUGGUGUUUUAUCCUGGAGAGUCAGCAGGCAAAGGUACAAUGAACCCCACGUAGGAUCUCCUUCCUCGGCAGCCAUCGGCUUAGGGCUGAUCCUGUCUCCAUCUGCUGGUAUCACCUCCCCCUCAUUAUUCUGCAACAAAUGCGAGACAUCAUUUCAUUUCAUCCAUAAUUUUUCAGCAUGUAUAUUUAAAAGAUAAGGAUUCUUAAAAAAAAACAAAACACAACCACAAUACUAUUAUCACCCCUCAAGAAUUAUAAUUGCUUAAUAUGAUCAAUUAUCCAGUGUUCAAAUGAUCAGUUUUCCCACAAAUGUGAUGAGUGGCUUUUAGAAAAACAGUUUAUUUGAAUUAGAAGUCAAAUGAGAUUGAUUGCAUUGUGAUUGGCUGGUAUGUUUUUAAAGUUUCCUUUGACAUUUAGUUUUCACCUCCAGACUUCUUUUUUCUUGACACUUAAUUAUUGAAGGAACCAAGCUGUCCUGUAGAGUUUCCCACAGCCUGGAUUUUGCUGGUUGCACCCUCUGGUAUACACGUAGUUGAACGUGUUCCUCUGACUUCUGCAACUGGUAAAUUGGGCAUUGGAUCUAGGCUUGAUCAAAUUCAGCUUUGAUGGGGGGGCAGGGCAAGAUGACUUUUUAGGUGUUAUGUCCUUCCAUCAGGAAGUAUGUGGUAUCUGGUUGUCUGCCUAUGAUGUCAGUGCUGUUAGUGAUGAAUGCUGGGUUUAUUAAUACAUCAGGGGCUAUGAAAUGGUGAUAAUCGAAUUCUGUCAUUCUUUCUUCACUUAUCAGUUGAAAUUGUUCUUUAAAGACAGAUAUUUCUCAUCUGCUCUUCAGUUACCCUGUGGUACAUUCCUAUAAGAAAGGCAGGAUAAAUGUUUGAAUAUUUUCCUUUAUUUACCAAUUUUCAAAAUAAUGAUUUGGCCUCCUAGCAUUCUCUAACAGUGAUCAGUUUUUUUAGUAUCAUUAUAAACUUAUGACUGUUUGGUAUGUUUCAAUCCACUGUAGUUAUCUUUUUUACUGAUGCUCACGGUCUUUGGUUAAUGAAAGCCUCUCAGAUUGGAUUCUGAGCGCUUCCUAAGUGUAUGAUAUAAUGAUGUUUUAAGUUGAUCUUGUAUAGUAUUUAGUUUUUAAUGACAUGUUGUCAAUCUUUAGUGACCUGAAAUCAAGGCCAACAGUGGCCUUUUCUAAUGAUGUGUUAUUAGACAAUAAGUAGAGGAAGAAGAGUUUGGUUUGUGUUAGAGAUUUGCAGGUCCCCUUACCUGCUUUUCCAUCACAGUUCUGCAUAAUAGUACACAGGCACAAAACUCACCAGGUAAAUGGGGAUCAAAGACAUCUCCAGGACAGUUUAUGAGCAGCCUAAUAGUUUCUGAUUCUAGAAGAUAGAUUGGAGAAUGUAGCUGGAACCUGAGGCCAAAGUGUGGGCCUCUUUCUCAAAUCAAGAUAGGCUAUGGGGAAAGCAGUGCAUGUAGAACCUCUGAAUCCAUUGUUAUGAUCCGUGUAAUAAAUGACUUUUACAUCCCAGUGGCAGAGGGAUUUAUUGGUUGCCUUAAUUUCCUGUUUGUUGGUAGAACAAAAAAUACAGGAGAGGCAGGCCCAGUACAGACUUUUCAAAAAAGUGGUAAAAAGCAGUAAAAGCAAAGCUUAACACAUACCCUUGUCUGGGACCAAUCAUAUUUGUCUUCUUCAUAAGGGAAGGACCACGUUAGCAGUUGGAGACAGCCAGGGUUGUUACUGUAGUACUCGACCUCCGUAACAAGGAGGCGGAUUGCAGGUGUUCCUCUCCACAGGUAGGAGGGUGAGUCCAGACUGAGGAGGUCUGUGGACCACCACUUGGCUCAGAACUCCCUGGUACCAGGAGCAAGACCCGUUGAAGAAAUGUGGACAGGGCUUCCCUGGUGGCGCAGUGGUUGAGAGUCCACCUGCCGAUGCAGGGGACAUGGGUUCGUGCCCCGGUCCGGGAGGAUCCCACAUGCCGUGGAGCGGCUGGGCCUGUGAGCCAUGGCCGCUGAGCCUGCGCGUCCGGAGCCUGUGCUCUGCAAUGGGAGAGGCCACAACAGUGAGAGGCCUGCGUACCGCAAAAAAAAAAAAAAAAAAGAAACGUGGACAGAGGAAGAGUGGCUAUGUGUAGAGUGGGCUGUUAGAGGCUGGCCAGAGGGUGACAGCAAAAGAAGUCAUGUUCACCAUCUAAAACCCAUAAAAAUAGACCUAAGGAGGGAGGGUGGGUUCGGGGAUAGGACAGAGUAAAAAGAGGCAGGGGGCAGUAGACUGAAUAUACAGAGCCAGAGACAAUGACCAACUGGUUUCAAGGGACUUUAUGGGGACAUUGGAAAUAAGAUGGGGUGCUUGCUUUGAUGGAGAAGGUGGGGACAUGAGGGAAGAGUCUAUGGAUGGAGCACAACCAAGUUUAAGUUGAUUUAGAACUGCCUUUGCAACGGACUCAUCAGCAGUUUAAGUGAUUAAAAAUGGACUUUCUGUUAAGAAAUUUCAACACAGAAAGAAUGGGGUAAAUGGACCCCCAUGUAUCCAUUACCCAUUAAUCUUGCUUUAUCUACUCCCCCUCCACAGUUUCCCUCACCUCCACCCUAACUCCUGCUGGAUUAUUUCAAAACAAAUUCCAGACGUCACAUCUGUAAGAGCUUUGAUAUUACCAUUAGCAGAUAAUGAUCUCUUCCUCUUUUUUCCACACAACCAUGAAACCAUUAUCAUAACAAAAAAUUUAACAAUGAUUCUAUAAUAUCAUCUGAUACACAAUCAUUGUUCAAAUUUUCACAGUUGUCUCAUAAAUGUCUUUUUACGACUGGUUUAUUCCAAUCAGGGUCCAAACAAGAUCCAUACCUUGAGUUUGGUUGAUGUGUCUUUUAGUCUUUAACACUCCUGUCCACUUUUGUUCUUGCUCUUUAUUUGUUGCAAACCCUGGCUGUUGGUUCUGUAUUGGUUCGAUUUCCCACAUUUUGGGUUUAUCUGAUUGCAUUUCUGUGGUGGUAUUUGACAUGUCCCUCUCUUCCCUGUAUUUUCUAUAGACCCAUUGUUAUAUCUAGAGGCUUGAUCAAAUUCAGGGUCAGUUUUGCUUUUGUUUUUGCUUUUUUAUAAAUCAACUUCAUCGGAGGUGGCAUAUUUUCAUCGCCUUCCCACAGGUGGCAUGUAAUGUCUGAGUGGUCUCUCUUUUCAUCACUUGCUCAGGUUCAGUUGCUGUCAGUGUGAUCCAGCCAGUAUAACAUUCCCCAUUAACCUUUCCCUAAUGCUUGCCUAUAAAUAUGAUUUAGUAGGAGUUGUGAAAUGGUGAUUUUUUAAAAACUUCUAUCAUUCUUUUUGCAUUUAUAUGCUGGAAUUACUCUUUUUAGGAUAAUUUUCCUUCAAGGGCCAUUUGGUUUCUUUGAAAUGCAGUAUGUACAAGCAAGGAUACAGCAGUUCCCUUCAUUGUUUUAAUUUUUCAAAAGAAAUAUUUCUUGAUUUCUUUUAAAAACAUGCACUUUAUUUUUAUAAUUGUAUGUGUUACAGGUGGGGCUUGAAAUUGCCUGUGUUCUUAUCAGAAGCGUAAGCCCCCAUUUGGCACCUAUGCCAGCCAAGGCUACAUUGGGUAACAUUCUUACCUUAUUAUUUUCUGGCAUUUACAGUGUUUGCGUUACCAUUUACAAUGCUGUUUCUGUCACGGUGAAUCUGUCUUUUCUUUAACGUAGGUGGAAGUGAAGUGUUUGGGUUUGACUUGCCUUAAUAAAGCUGCUGCAGUUUGAUAAAGCAGGUUUCAAAGAUCAUAGGGUUAUAGGGAAAAAGAUGAUUUAAAAUAAUGAUAUAAAUAAUAGCACAGCAAGAAUUCAUAAUAAUUCUGAAUAUAAUUCUUCCCCAGCUUAAACACAUUAAAUAAUCAACUAACACACACAUAUAUUUUUGUGUAUUUUGAUAUUUAAUAUAUUUAAGUUAUAUGUCAAAAUAAUAUAUACUGAAAAAUAAGAAAAUCACUCACACAACUCAUUUGCAACUUGUUAUUACUGUUUCUUCCACUUUAAAUUUGGUCAUUCAACAACACACAUUUGUUACCACUGAAUUUGGAGUUGUAAGCCAGGUAGAAAUUUGGGUUAAUUUCUGCAAUAAUCAGGAUUAACCAGAUAAUUUUAAAAUUCUCUUUAGCUAGCUAUUAAGAAUUCAUAUGAUAUGGGAAAUAGAACUAUUUCCAAACAGUAAUAACCUAACUCCAAAGAAAGAUUGCAUUUCUAAUUCCUUGAUGGACAUUAUCCAAAUACAUGGCUAAGAUCCAGGCCUCGGCAUCCUGAGAGCAGUGAAGCAAUGGUGGGGGUGAGUGGGCAGGGGUCAGCACUGCCUACAGAGAGAAGUGGAAACCAUGGGCCUAAAAGGGAGACAAGAGGCACAAUCAGUAACAGUUGAAAACCGUGCUGGCAGGAAGGUGAUUGGGGUGUCAUUCCACCAAGUGGGUAUGCACACCGUGAGACCUACAGGGCGCCAUGCCGGGGGAGGUCGGCACCGGCAGUUUUAUUGGCUUUAGGUGUUUGCAAGUUGCAAAAAGUGGAGGUUGGAGCCAAGAGUCAGGAUGUGGAAAGAAAAUGUGUGUGCAUUUGGGUAACAGACUUUACAGAGCCAAGUGGGCAUCACGCUGUUCACUGGCCCAGGCCCUCUGAGACUGCACACUGCAUGCCAUCAUUGACCUCCUUAAUCAACACGAAAUCAAAGGCUGAUCCCGAGCUUUGCAACUCUUCUCCAAGUUCCUCCCCCACCCCUGGGCCUUCUGAUCGGAGGACCUGGCCUCUUAUUUCACAGAGAAUGUACACCCUUAGGCUUGCACGCUCUCCAGUCUCGCUCAUCUAAGACCAAAUGGCACCUGUAAGAUCUGGGGCCAGAAGGUGCAGAUGCCAGGCAGGGAUCGUCCCGGGAGUGUCUCUGCUCCUCGGGUUUGGCGCCAGCACCUGCCUCCACGUUGCCCUCUCCUGGUGUUCAGGUCCCUUAGUUCACAGGCCUUCGGAGUCCUCACUGCCCCCCCACUCCACCACUGCCCAAGCUCCCAAAGCAGCCCUUUAAUUCCUGACACUCUCCAUUACCAGCCCGUGCCAGCCCAGAUUCCCUCUGUGUGCAAUCGUGCAGCGUGCAGUCCUCUUAAUCUCUAAAUUUACCUUUGUUUUUACUCAUCCCUACCUCCUAACCUCAUUCUCAGAAGCCCUCACACUCUCUUCAAAGCCAGCCUCCUCCUAUGCAGUUGUCCCCGCUCCCCGGUUGCAUCAGUGUGGACCUUCCUCUAUCAAAUAUUCUCUUUGUCCUUUUAGCUUUAUCUUUAUCCACGUGCUUCUUUCUCUCAGACCAUAAUCUUAUUCAGGUCCACGCCAUCUUUUAAAAGACACCUUCCCUUCCCUUAGAUGUGUUCCCCCCGCCCCUGCCAUGGCCAUGGUCCCUCUGUUUCCCUCCGGUCACCGCCCAGCAGUUUGAAAGAGAGUUCCGUCCUCUCUGAGCUCACACCCGCACCUCCCUCUGUCUCUCCGGCUCCGCAGUCUGCCUUCCACCUUCAUCACUCUACUCAAGCUGCGGUGGAGGUCACCCCCGACAUAGCAGUUGCCGAUGCCGGUAACCUUGUUCUAGGCCUUAAUCUAUUUGAAUUCACUACAGCAUUUCCUGCUUUUGGGAUUCAAAGACAUACUCAUUCCAGAUUCUCUCCUUUCUUGUUGAUGACUACUUCUUACCUCUGACCGAUGCCUCUUUUUAUUACUAUCCUUAAAUAUUUAGUGUCCCCAGGAUGUGAGUCUUAGCUUUUCUUCCUUAAUCCUCUCUCCACGUGGCCUCUUUCAUCCCUAUGAUCCCAUUUACCACUUACAAGCCAAGAACUUCCAUACAUAAACCUCGAGAUCCAACCUUUUGCUGAGGUUUUCACCCGUGAAUGUCCUGCAAGUCCUUCAUAUGCAGCAAAACCUACAAGAGGAGGCUCUUCCUCAACCAUCUUGUUUGCCCAACCUAGACCACAUGCGUCAGUCACUCAGGACCUGCCUCACUGUCUCUGGAGUGUCCCUUCCGCUCUACUCCUGUAAUACAAUAUGGUUCAAGCCCUCAUCAUCUCCCUCCUAGAUUAUUGCAGUGGUCUCCUAAUUCUGCCUCUAGCUCCACCCAGUCCAAUCCAUUCUUCAUCUGCUUCAAGAAGUAUCUUUCUAAGUAGGUAAGGUCAUGGCACACGUCUUAGUAUGGGUUUCGUCAAAAGUGGCCCUGAGGGCUUCUCUGGUGGCACAGUGGUUAAGAAUCCGCCUGCCAAUGCAGGGGACAUGGGUUCGAGCCCUGGUCCGGGAAGAUCCCACAUGCCGCGGAGUAACUAAGCCCAUGCACCACAACUACUGAGCCUGCACUCUAGAGCCCGUGCCCUGCAACAAGAGAAGCUGCUGCAAUGAGAAGCCUGCGCACCACAACGAAGAGUAGCCCCCGGUUGCUGCAACUAGAGAAAACCCACGGACAGCAACGAAGACCCAACGCAGCCAAAAAUAAAAUUAAUUAAUUUUUUUUAAAAAAGUGGCCCUGAGACAAGGAUUCUGGUCCUUGAUUUAUUUGGGAGGUGAUCCCAGGAAAUGAUACUGUGGGAGUAGGGAAGUGAGAUGGGAGAAGGGAAGCCAGCCAGUAAGGGAUGUGUUAUCGAGCCAGAUACCAAUGUGAGUAACUGGAGCUGAGUAACCAGUGGAGUCACUGUGGAAUAUAUGCCUCAGACUUAUCCCACCUGAGGGGUGGGAGAGCUGGGGUAUUUAUACUCCAGCUCUCAUCAGGCAUUGGUUGGGGUGGGGGAGAGGUACCAAUUCUGCAGCAGUUCGUGGCCCUCCUGCAGUGCUUGGAGGCAGGGAGCCUGUGAAGCCCUCAGACAGGGAAAUCAGACCAGCUAUUAAAAUGGUAAGGCCCAAGGGACUAUGUGAGGGGCACAGAUAAUGUCUCCUCAUCACCGUCCUGCUUAAACCCUCCACAGGUCCCCUCUGCCCAAAGACUGCCUUUCCAGCCUCCUCUCCUGCUUCCUCCCUGCAAGCCUUCCCCUCCAUGCACAUGGGCUCUCAGGCUCUUCCCAAACACAAGAGCUCUCGUGCCUCCACCUUCAUGCCUUUGCACAUGUUCUUGUCUCUGUGUCAUCUUUCUCUUUUAGGUUAACUGAUUACACUGUUAACAUAUAUUGAGCAUGUGCUGCAAGCAGGUCAUUUACUUAUGUUAGUUUAUUUAAUGGAACCCUUAUAAUAAAUUUAUACAUUGACUUUUUAAAAAUUACUGUCUCCAUUCUACAGGUAAGGAAAUUGAGGCUCAGAGAGGUUAACUAAUGUGCUUCUGGCACAAAGCUAGCAGCGGCAGGGCCGUGUUUUGACAUCCAGGAUCCCUCUGCUCCAAAGCCUGUGUUGUGGGUUAACCACGAAGAUGAACUGCCUCAUGCUUCUGGACUCAUCUCAGCGGUGACCUGUCAUUACUCUUUCUAUCUCCACUAGAUAUUCUCUCCUCGUCUUCCCAUACUGUGCUGUACCUUUUUAUAUGUGUGCGUUUUUUUUUUUUUUAGCAGGAGUCAUUUUGUAGCACAGUUAUUUAUUCAUUCACCUGACUUCCCUUUUAAACUGUAAGUCCCUCACGUUUCAUCUUGACUGCCUGGCCUGUUGUGUACCUUGGACUAAGGCCUUCAUUAACUUUUAAAAUUAAAACUAAGCUGAAUUAAUAUUAAAA